AUGAUGAAAUCGUUUGCUGUGGUAGCGUUGCGCUGGCGGUGUCUCUUGAUAGCCACCGCCCUGUUGUUUGGGUUGGCGGAGUCUUCUCGGUCUCGUCGGCCCUGGUCACUGCCACCGAGAAUCGGCUCUCUGUUUUCUUCUGGGAAAAGCAACCAUGGAAUGCAACUUGAUACUAUUCGUGGAGGUGAACAGGCUGCCAGUACAGCAGCACAGCCCUCCUUGGAUGAAAAGGUACAGGCAGCCAUGGAACGAUUGGGGAUCAGCAAACCAACUACCGACGCAAAAGAGUCCACCAAAGAAACUACCAGCUCCGAGGAAGUCGAAUGCGAAGAUGGAGUUUGUCCCGUGCCCACUCCAACUAGUGAAGAGGCAGAAGCAGAGGCAAAAGCAGAAGCUAGUAGUAGUCCUGAUGCUACCCCCGAGACAAAGGUGACACCAGCGGCUGCCAAGGAUCCAUACGAUUUGGCAGAUGAAAUGGCCAAGGAACUACAGGUUCCAUCUCAUUUGGCCAUGGCUGCCCUUGGCGCCACCAUGAACGGGAAGCAGAUCAAUGAGCAGGCGGCAAGAGAUAUGAUUCAAUUUGAACUUGAUCUCAUCAAAGAUAUUCCCACGGAUAGCCCCAACGUCCAAACACUGACAAAGGAAGGCUUUGACGAAUUCCUAUCCAGAAGGGCACUGGCCCUCACGGGGAAUCAAAUGGACGAUGCCAGAGCCAUCUUGAUUGCGGAUCAAAUGGAUGAGCAAGAAGAACGAGAAGAACAGCAAAAGGCAAAGGAACAAGCCGAAAAAGAGCGAGCGGAAAAGGAAAGAGCCGAACGAGAAAAGCAAGAACAAGAACAACAACCAGCAUUCAAGGAAGUCAAGACUGACUUUGAUCCCACUGCAAUACCCGCCGCACAAUCGGUUCCGGCACCUGCCCCUAAACCUGCUGCAGACCAAAUGCCGAAGCCUGCCGCCAAAGAAAGCGUCGUCUUUGAGGCUACCACUGCUCAGUUGCAAGAGCUUGUGCUAGAGUCGCCUGUCCCUGUGAUUCUAGAUGUUUAUGCUGAUUGGUGCGGUCCCUGCAAGGUUCUCACACCUGCACUAGAAGACAUGGCAAUUAAGGCCGGCGGGAUGUUCCGUCUCGUCAAGGUCAAUACUGAUAAUGAACGACCUGUCAGUGCGGCCUUGGAAGUCACGGCAUUGCCUACUGUCUUUGGAAUUAGCAAUGGCAAAAUACUUCACAUGUUCCAAGGGAUGCCUCGUGAUGAAAAGGCAUUUCAAAACUUUCUAAUGGGUUUGCUGGGAGCGGCACCAUUUGCCCCGCCCGUAACAGUAGAGCAAUCCGAAAAGUACGAAGAAUUGACGACCAGCUUGAUCAAGACUGCCGGUGCUGCAGCCUUCUCGUUUAGUGCCAGAGAACGACUCACCGAUCACAUCACAACCAAACUGGAUGCUCUACAUCAAAACCAAGAGGUAGACGAUGUCGAAGCGUCUGCGACACUGCUGCGUACAUUAUUCAACAAUGUUGUCAAGAAUCCGUACGAGCCCAAAUUCCGUAAAGUGAAUCUAAACAAUCCACGCAUUGCCACCAGCAUUGGGGCUAGCAAGAAUGCACUUGGCGUGUUGAAGGGCGUUGGAUACACUAAAAACGAGGACAAUGAAAUGUGGCUUGCCAAGGGCAAAAAGGUCAUCAACGUGGCACCACUGGUGGUGGCGCGUGAUGUCAUUGACAAAUGGGUUCAGACCAAUCGACGGGAAAUGGCCAAGGCGGCUCGAAAGAGAAAGGAUGAAGCUGACCGGGCUAAAUUGGAAUUGGAGCAAGACGACGAAGAGGACGAGGAAGAAGAGGAGGAGGAAGAGAUUGAUCCAACAAUUUGCAACCUCAAACUGCGUUUGGAUGGCAAAAAGAAGGUUCAUGAGGUAACCAUGAAGGAGAGUGAUCCCUUGAGCUCAAUAUUGGAUGUCUUGAAGAUUGAUGCUUCCGCGGAGGAAGAAGUUCGGAUUACGUGCGUUGCCAAGCGGCUGGUGGUCAAGUCUUCCGACGCUGACGCAAUGGCCAAAUCCUUGAAGGAUCACGGUUUAAUGCCCGCUGCCGCCAUUGUCGUCAAGGUUGGUUCAUCUACUGCACCAACUCCAGGAAGCAGUUCCAUGAAAGACCGUGUAGCAAAGAGGAAGAAAAAGAAGGGAAGCCAUACCAUGCAAAGUGUGGGCAUCUACUCCACAGAAGACAACGCCAAGGGCGAGUUAGUGGAUGGCGGAGGCGGGGUGUGGUACGAACAAGACGUGUCUGAUGACGAAGAGGAUGAGCCUGCCAAGGAGGAGGAGCAAGCUGAUGAUGGCAAGGUUGAGGAAAAGGCAAAGGAAGAGCCAGGUGACGAGCCUUCAAAGGCCGAAGAUGGCACUAACGAUGAUGAAGCAGGAGAAACAGAAGGAGAAUCAUGA